GCGAUACAGGAAAUAAAAUGUAAACAAUGGCAAAUUGGCAACAAAUUCUUGCAUUAGAUGCUAAAUAUAAUGCAUAUAGAGCUCCAAACAAUCCACCAUUCAGAACUUUGUACAUUAAACGAAGAAGCCAGCUUCUUCGAGAAAGUGCCAGUGAUCCAGAGAAAGACCAAUCUGCGAGAAAGGAUUACAUACACACCCGAGCACGACUGCUAGCGACCAAAUAUGGCAGUCCUGCAUUCUCGGACCAAGGGAGCAUCAAGAGCAGGUCAUUCAGCUUUGGUGGCAGAAGCAUCAGCAAAUCAACUAUUGAGAGUAUGGAGCCUAAGAUGGGUGAGGCGCGAAAAUUUCACAGACGUCAGCGAAGCAGUGGUUCGGUAAAGUUCAACCUGGAUGGACCAAUGAAGAGGAUCUAUGACAGCAUUGAGGUUGUUCCUACCAAAGAGGCAGAAGCAAGCAGGGCAAUGGGAGGAGACAAGACAGUGUCAGAAAACUAUGCCUUUGCUGGCAUGCACCAUAUCUUUGAUCAACACACAGAUGCUGUAACGAGUGUGAAGUUUGCAAAUGAUGACAAGAGUCGUGUGGCGUGCUCGUCAGUCGAUGGGACGUUAUCUGUGUGUCAGGUGAUACCUCCACCAGCCACAGUCAUAUGUAUGCUGAAAGGACACACAGAGGCUGUCUCAGACUUUGCAUGGUCACUUUCCAAUGACAUCAUUCUGUCUGUGUCGUUUGACGGAACAGCCCGACUGUGGAAUGUGGCAUCAGGGGAGUGUAUCCGAGUCAUCAAGGACAUAACUGGGGCCGAACUCCACUCUUGUCUCUUCCAUCCUCUUAAUAAUAACAUGUUUGUUACGGGAAAUAGCAAGUGUUUUGUACAGAUCAUCAAUCUUUCAACUGGGAAAGGCUAUAAAGGUGGCAGCUGUAAGAUCACGGGUCAAGCCCUGUCACUGGCCUUUGACCCGACAGGGGUGAACCUGUGGGUGGGGGAUGAUAAGGGGUCACUGUCGGCAUUCAAAGUAGAUCUGGCUCAUGGGAAACUCAUCCGGACUCGGAGGGUGUCAGUGUGUGAGGGGCAUGCAGUGACAAGUAUUUGUGCCCGGGCGUGGGUGAGCCGGGAAGCCCGUGAGCCCUCUCUCCUCGUCAACUGUGCUAUCAACUCUCUCUGUCUCUUCAGAAUCUCAUCAGAUGGAAGUCUUCAGCUGAAGAAGCGAUUCUCUAUACGUCAGAAGUUCUCGAGGAUACGCAGCACCUUCUGUCCCCUCAUGUCCUUCAGACAGGGGGCCUGUGUCAUUUCCGGUAGUGAGGACAUGUGUGUGCAUUUCUUUGACAUUGGGAAGGAGAAGAAAGCUUGUGUUAACAAACUGCUGGGCCACUCUGCCCCAGUGCUGGAUGUCUGCUUUAAUUGUGAUGAAAGUUUGCUUGCCUCCUGUGAUGCCCAGGGAAUGGUUAUUAUAUGGAAACGGGAGGGCAAACAGGGAGUGCUUUGAACCCUGGACUGCAUUUCCUAGUACUGUUGUCUUAUGGUUGUUGCAUUAUGUUGUUGGGGACUGGGAGGUUAGGCAUUAUGUGGGCAUUAUGUUGCCCUGGAAACCAACUGCACAGCCUGGCAAAGGUGAAUGGCUGUCUAGUUUGUGAUAUACAGUCUAAACUCGUUAUGUCGACUUUGUCGGGACCUAGGGAAAAAAGUCCAGAUAAUGAACACUCAACACAUCCGAAUUACAAAAAAGUAUCACCAAUCCCAACACAUAUGAGUUUGAUAUAUGUCCGACCUCUGACUUCUGCAAAUGAACGGUCUUGUUAUGGCCGUGGAUAAACGUUUAGCAAACAUAUUUUUUAAAUAAAGGGAUAUAAAAAUGAAUUAUUUGUGCCAAAUUUAUUUAAUUCACGUUUAUUGAUUACACAAAUCGGAAAUGAAACUACAAUUAAAUACACUUGUAUAUUGUAAGAAAACGGUAAAGCACAUAUGACAACAACUUAAAAUAGCACAUUUGUUAUGCCCGUUGGUUUUCUACUUGCAGUAUAGAGGAAUUACUUCGUCACGUAACUUUCAAUGUUGUCGAAUUUAUGUCGUCAACCUAAAUUAUAUAGCUUGAUCAAGAAAAGACUCUUUUAUCUAAAACAUAAACAAACAACUUUAAUUAUUCACACUUUCCAAUUAUCCUCCAAUUAUGACAGGUGGUUACUUUUACAAGCACGGUAAUUUAGCGACAUGCCGCAAACUUUCAUAACAAUUUUCGCACCUAAAACUCUUAUCUACAGUUUGACAUAAGGGACAAGGAAAAUGUGUGAUAUUCGACCACGGGGACUGAAAUAGGAGGUCCACAUAGCAAAAAAAUCGAGAUAGAAAAACCGACACAAGCAGUGUUAUUUCAUAUAGAUUAAGAAGGAAUAAAUUCGGGACCGGAGAAAAAAGUCAACAUAACCGGAAAGUCGAGAUAUCAGACGUCGACAUAGCGAGUUCAGACUGAAUAAGUAUAUACCCUUAUGACAAUAGUUAUCAUAAUAUGUAAAUGUGAACCUGACAGAAUGUAAUCAAUCAGAAAAAUUGGCUAUUCCCCUUGUUUAACAGUGAGUGUUGGAGGGGGGAAAUAUGGUUUGUUGCUUUUCCAGCAUCAGCAUUGGCUUUUCACUAUUUGACAUUAAUUUGUAUUUAUUAUUUUAUAAGUUAACAUAAAUUGGGGUUGUGACUUUACAUUAUCAUUAUAAGGGUUGAUAUAUUAUAUAUAUAUAAUCUAGGUUUGUAAAAACUGUUUUGGUUGUCUAACAAGUAAUCUACUAGUUUCUGUUGAAUGCUUAGUUUUGUAUUUACCUUUUCAAGCCAACUUCCAUACAAUGUUUAAAGUUUAACAUUCUGCUUUGGAGGAUUUCCUUGUGAUGAAACCAAUGCAUAUAUUGGAGUCAUAUUAUCAAUGAUCGUCAGACAAAAUAUCUUUAGUUGAAGAAUUAAAGUUUAUUAUUAAGUGAGUGUCAUAAUUUAAAUUGAAUAUUUUACUUGCAAAAACAUAAUAUAUACACUUUGAAUACACUGACCAAAAAGGAUAUAUUAAUUUGAAAAGGGAAUCUGAUAUGUUACAUACAUAGAUUUAUUAUUUGGAAUUUAAUCUGUGAGUUUUAUUUCAAGGAUUCUACUGCAGUAACAAGAAACAAACAAACCACUGAAUGAAAAGAUUUUACUUCAUGAUCACAUGAUUGUUAAAACCAUAACAUGAUCUUUAAAAUGACAAGACUAUUGAAAUUUAAAAGAGAUAUUUCUAAUUGUAAGAAAUCACACAAAAUAAUAUUUGUUUUCAAAAUAAUUUCAUGGUUUUCUGGAAAGUUAAAUUAAAAAAUAAUUAAAAACCUAAUUUUGUUGUUGAUUGUUCUGCAUGCUGACUUUACAGUGAAACCCAGAAUAAUCAAGUUCCAAAUAAAACUAACUGUUCCGACCUAGUUGCGGUAACAUCUAAAGGUUUACAAAUUGGGACACUUAGUUGUUGGAUCAUUUAUGCACACGUACAUUCCAUGCUCUUGCAAGAUUUUGUGAUUGGUCAACAAUCUUUUAAAUUUACAUGCACUAACAUUACAGUAUGACUGUGUCAUAAUCAUUGAUUCUUCAUACCUGUAGUUUCUGAACUGUGCAAUAUGUUGCUGGAUUUAUUAUUGUCAAUGAAUAAAUACCUGUUGCUUAUAUAAUUAUUGUUAUAAUAAAAGAUACGAUUUUUCCUUUUA